UCUGGAGAAGCCAAUCAGCGCCACCGCGGUUCCCGGUUCUAAACUCUCCAUCCAUUCGCCUCGACUCCGCUUCUCCCCAGACCCCGAGGCUGGGGAUCAUGGGGCCCCGAGCCCUCUUCCUGCUGCUGUCGGGGGCCCUGGCCCUGACUGGGACCCGGGCGGGGCCCCACUCCCUGAGGUAUUUCGACACCGCCGUGUCCCGGCCCGGCCGCGGGAAGCCCCGUUUCAUCGAAGUCGGCUACGUGGACGACACGCAGUUCGUGCGGUUCGACAGCGACGCCCCGAAUCCGCGGAUGGAGCCGCGGGCGCUGUGGAUACAGCAAGAGGGUCAGGACUAUUGGGAUGAGGAGACGCGGAACGCCAUGGGCAGCGCACAGACUUUCCGAGUGAGCCUGAACAACCUGCGCGGCUACUACAACCAGAGCGAGGCCGGGUCUCACACCCUCCAGAGCAUGUAUGGCUGUGACGUGGGACCAGACGGGCUCCUCCUCCACGGGUACAGUCAGUACGCCUACGACGGCGCGGAUUACGUCGCCCUGAACGAGGACCUGCGCUCCUGGACCGCGGCGGACACGGCGGCUCAGAUCGCCAAGCUCAAGCAGGAGGAGGCCGCUGCGGCGGAGCAAAUGAGAAGCUACCUGGAGGGCGCGUGUGUGGAGUGGCUCCAGAAAUACCUGGAGAUGGGGAAGGACACGCUGCAGCGCGCAGAGCCUCCAAAGACACAUGUGACCCGCCACCCCAGCUCUGACCUCGGGGUCACCUUGAGGUGCUGGGCCCUGGGCUUCUACCCUAAGGAGAUCUCCCUGACCUGGCAGCGGGAGGGCCAGGACCAGAGCCAGGACAUGGAGCUCGUGGAGACCAGGCCCUCAGGGGAUGGGACCUUCCAGAAGUGGGCAGCCCUGGUGGUGCCUCCUGGAGAGGAGCAGAGCUACACCUGCCAUGUGCAGCACGAGGGCCUGCAGGAGCCCCUCACCCUGAGAUGGGACCCUCCUCAGCCCCCUGUCCCCAUCGUGGGCAUCAUUGUUGGCCUGAUUCUCGUCCUGGUCGCUGGAGCCAUGGUGGCUGUAGUUGUGAUCUGGAGGAAGAAGCGCUCAGGUGAAAAAGGAGGGAGCUACAUUCAGGCUGCAGGCAGGGACAGUGCCCAGAGCUCUGGUGUGUCCCUCAUCAAGGAUCCUAGAGUGUGAGACAGCUGCCUUGUGGGGACUGAGUUACACAGAUUUGUUCACGUCCCACUUUGUGACUUCGGAUCCCCUGCCUCCUGUUUCUGCAGCAGCAUUUGAAUGUGUCUGUGUCCCUAUGAGCAUCCUGAGAGGAGGUGGGGACCCUGGCCCAGCCCUGCCCCCCAUGUCCCCUCUUCACCCUGACCUGUGUUCUCUUUCCUGAUCCACUUUCCAGCUACAACAGGUUAGGGGGAGGCAGGCGGCAAUGGACCAUCUCCAUCCUUAUGCUAAAUUCAUUGCCCUGACUGGUGACUGCGGGGAGCUGGGGAAACACAGGAGGCCAAGGAAGGGAGCUAGCCUGACGGCACAGUUCCAAAGGCAGGGUUCCUAACCAAGGGAAAAGAGCCUACCCACCGGCACAGUUCCAAGGGUAGGUUUAGAAAUAGGGAAAGGGGCUUACCCGGUGGCACAGUUCCAAGGGCAAGUUAUAAAAAUAAUGAGGCUCACCUGCUAACCCGACCUCAACGGCAACAAUAACAAAACGAAGGUUUUGCACAAUAGUGCAAGAAUAAAAAUUGCUUCUUGGAAAA